GUUCCACACAAAAAUCCUUCAUUCCUCAUUGCUAUUAAAAAACAAAUAUAUAUAAAACGAAGACUCUCCAUCUCUCUCUCUCUCCCUAUCAAAGCUCUUGCGUAAAUUUGUGUAGAAAUGGAAGAGUUCAAUGGUGGGUAUGGGGACAGUUUCUGUUCACCUCCUCAUCAACAGGAAAUGCCGACGGGGAAGAAGUACGGAGGGUUGGUGCCAAGGAAGAAGCCCUUGAUUUCAAAGGAUAACGAAAGAGCAUUUUUUGAUUCAGCGGACUGGGCCCUAUGCAAGCAAGGGGCUCCCGGAGGUUACCAAAAAACAAUGGCAAUGGUUGAGACUCUCCGACCCAAACUACAGAGAACCCAACGACAACAACUUCCCCCACGUCGACCGGCUUGCACUUCUAGACAAGACAAUCUUGUACCGGUAAAUAAAUACUAUUUUAUUUACUGACUAGUUACAAACAUAAUAAAUAAAUAAAAGUAUAGCAAAAUAUCAUAGUCUAUUAACAACGAAAUGUAAUAAAUCAAGCUAUCAAUGUCUAUAUCUAUCAUGAACAUAAAUAGUUAAUCUACCGUGGUCUAUCACAUAUAAACUGUGAUAUGUUACUAAUUCAUUUUGUCGCAAUUUUGUUAGUAUACCAGAUUUAUAAAAAAUAAAAUAAAAAGAGAAACACAUUGAAAUUUUGUAAAGUUUUGAAGUAUAUGAUAUACCAAUUGUGUUUGGAAUUAGGGUAUCAAUAAUACCAUUCAACAUAAAUUGUACUUAAUCGGUUCUACUUUUCGUUGA